UUCUCUUAGGCGUAGUUCCCCAGCUCCGCAGCGUCAUUUCGGUUGCGGUCCGAGUAGAGUGCAGGGCUGUUGUCGCGGCUGCCACAAAAAAACAGAAAAAAAACAAACCAUGGCCUUCAAAGAGCUUUUCCUCUGGUGCGUUGUGUUGGUGUGGGUCUCCGGCCCCGCGGAAGCCUUGGAUAGACAGCCAGAUGUGCAAAUGUAUUCCCGCUAUCCCAUGUCGGUUGGCAAGGAGAACGUUCUGCACUGCUUCGCGGAGGGUUUCCACCCUCCAAAAAUCAACGUUACUCUUCUGAAGAAUAAUGUUGAACUACCCAACGUCAAGCAGUCUGAUCUCUCUUUCAAGGAAGACUGGACCUUCCAGCUUCUGACUUACGCUUCGGUGGUUCCCAAUGGAAAAGAUGAAUAUACGUGCAAGGUGGAACACCAGGCGCUUCAGGCACCAAAAAUUGUGAAAUGGGGACAGGAUUACUAAGCCAGUAGUCUCCAUCAAAUAAGAUUUGAUGAAUGCUGCUUUGAAGCACUAGUUCUGCUGAUGAUGUUUCUGAAUUGACUUCGAGUGCUGUUUCUGCUUAUCACUGAUUGAAAAACACCAAUUUCAACUUUUAAAAGCCAGGCCUUUUCAGGAAACUAUCAAAGAUAGCCCUCAAAUCAGCAUUUGAGCCAUCGUGAUUUUAGAAAAAGUUUUCUACAUUUAGAUGACUCCAUAUGGAGUCAUCAUCAUAAAUAUAGAGUCAUAGUCUCAUAGAGUCACUCAGUGAGGGAGAUAGACAGUCCCUAAAUACGACUGAUUAAUCAAUUUGAAUGUCUGAAAAGGCCAUCACUUUUGCUUUAUUGCUGUGUUAAAUCUUUUAGGAAUUAAGAGUAUUUGCUUCUGUUAUUGUUGAGAUAAGAAUGGGAAAAUAGAAUUUUCUAAAAAUGAUAAUUAAAGUUUCCUUUUAUAAACUGCUGACACUCUUACCCAGCACAUAAGUUCAUUUUGUUAUCCACCACUAAUGUAUUCAUAACCCUCCAAUAAAAGCUAUCUUUCAGUGUU